CCGCCUCCUCCUGGGCCCCUUUUCCCAAACCAAACCUCCAACUCAGGUCUCUUUUCUGGCUCUCCCUUCCACCCCAAGCAAGCACUUCUGCAACGCCUCCCUCAGACAGCGAUAUCGUCUUGCCUUUUUGCUCGUUCUACCUGUGUUCCCUUGCUCCUCUUCGCUAGACAGAUAUCUAGGCCGUCACAAUGGGCAGCUUAGCAAACGGUGCCACUCAGGGCAACUUCCUCUUCACCUCCGAGUCCGUCGGCGAGGGUCACCCAGACAAGAUCGCUGAUCAGGUUUCUGAUGCCGUUCUCGAUGCCUGUCUCGCUGAGGACCCCCUCUCCAAGGUUGCCUGCGAGACUGCCACCAAGACCGGCAUGAUCAUGGUCUUCGGUGAGAUCACCACCAAGGCUCGUCUUGACUACCAGAAGAUCAUUCGUGAUGCCAUCAAGGACAUCGGAUACGAUGACUCUGCCAAGGGCUUUGACUACAAGACCUGCAACGUCCUUGUUGCCAUCGAGCAGCAGUCCCCCGACAUUGCUCAGGGUCUUCACUACGAUGAGGCCCUGGAGAAGUUGGGUGCUGGUGACCAGGGUAUCAUGUUCGGAUAUGCCACCGACGAGACCCCUGAACUCUUCCCAUUGACCAUCCAGCUUGCCCACAAGCUCAACCGUGCCAUGAAGGAUGCCCGCAAGGACGGCUCCCUCCCAUGGCUCCGCCCCGACACCAAGACCCAAGUCACCAUUGAGUACGCCCAUGACAACGGCGCCGUCAAGCCCGUCCGCGUCGACACUGUCGUCGUCAGUGCUCAGCACAGUGAGGAAAUUACUACCGAGCCAUCUGGCCUCUUCAUCAUCGGCGGUCCCCAGGGUGACGCCGGUCUCACUGGCCGUAAGAUCAUCGUCGACACCUACGGUGGUUGGGGUGCCCACGGUGGCGGUGCUUUCUCCGGAAAGGACUACUCCAAGGUCGACCGCUCUGCUGCCUACGUCGCCCGAUGGAUCGCCAAGUCCAUCGUCCACUCUAAGCUCGCCCGCCGUGCCCUCGUCCAGCUUUCCUACGCCAUCGGUGUUGCCGAGCCCCUCUCCAUCUUUGUCGAGACCUACGGCACCUCUAGCAAGACUUCCGAUGAGCUCGUCGACAUCAUCCGAAAGAACUUUGACCUCCGUCCUGGUGUCAUCGUCAAGGACCUCGACCUCGCCAAGCCUAUCUACUUCCAGACCGCCAAGAACGGUCACUUCACCGACCAGAGCUUCUCCUGGGAGAAGCCAAAGACCCUCAACUUCUAA